AUGUACGGCCUUCGCCGCGUCUCCACCGUUCCCCACCGCCCUUCACCCAGCAAAGCAUCGCUAAGGACAGGGGCAGCAGCAGGGGGGGCAGCAGGAGGGGCGGAGGGGGCAGGCAGACGAGAGAGGGUGGCAGGCGGGUCGGCGUCGUACGGCAUGUCUCGCAAGCAGCGAGCGCUUUCGCUUCUCUUUCUGGUGCUGCUGCCCUAUCUGCGCACCAAGCUGCAUGCUCUUGGCGGGGAGCGCAGUGAGAGGGGCAGCAGUCCUAGUAGCAUGGGUUCUGUUGCUUCACUGCAUGGGCGCGAACUGUUAGAUGAUGGGUUGGGGACUGAUGGAUUGAGGGAAGAAACGCGAGGGAGAGAAGGUGCGUCAGUAGCAGCAGCAGCAAGAGUCACCGAUGGGCGUGCAGAGGGAGGAGCAGGAGAGGAGGAGGCGGACGGGCAAGGGAGGCAGGUGGUGACAGGAGGAGCCGCUGCUGCUGGCUCUUCAGAUGCAAGAGGCAGUGGUGGAAGGAGGAGCGGUGCGAUUAGCAGCAGCAGGAGCAGUGCGAGGGGCAGCAGGAGGUGGCGGCAGGUGGUGCGUGCGCUGCGGUGGGUGCAGCGACGGGUUGUGAGAGGCGCCGCUGCGGCGUACCCCUGGGUGCAAGCACCGUACGAAGGCCUGUGUCUGCUGUACCAGCUGCUCUACGUCAUGGACGCCACGCCGCACUGCUCGCCCAUUCUGCACCUCCUCUCCCUCUCGCUGCGCCGAGCCACACCACAGGAGCUGGCAGAGGCCUCUUCCUCUAUCGCCACCCGCCGCCAGCGAGAGUUUGGGCGCCUACCUGGGCCACCUGUGAUCAGGGUGAGACAUUAG